UUAACUUUCUGGAAAAUCCGCAAUGUCUGGCAACCCAUAGUUCCUAUUUUUCGAGACGGGAUCCAUUUCAACUCAGAAGGAACAAUUCGUUUCUACAGAAGUAUUCGUGGUGCAGUGACAAUUCAGAAUGUAAACCAUGCCAUCUACCCGCAAAAGGAGAUACCCUGAUCCUCCACCCAUUCCAAGUCAGCCCAGGGUUAAUACACAAUCCGCACAGGAGGACCAGUCAGCUGUACAACAGCAAACGUCUGCUUCAUCUUCAAACUUGGCACAGGAACUAGUAGACAAUUUAGUACCGCAAGUUACAAAGGGAGUUCUGGAUGUUCUAGUUCAAAUGAGAGUGAUUUCAAGUGCAGACAUUCCUCACACAGAUGAUAGCCAGGUCCAAAGUAUCAGUCCUGCUAGCACUCCUGCUCCGCCAAUGAUGUCUGGAAGGUCAUCACAUUCCAUUGUGCCACCAACAGAUCAAAACGCUGCCAAUACUCUCCAAGGUAAUACGCCUGUUAGAGCUAUCUCUUCUACAGUUCCUCACCUGUUAUUGGGCAUUGAUUCAAAAUUAAAAAGCAAGAUUUGGGCUGAUGAGUAUGUUGACCUUGGCCUUCUCUUGAUGGACACUCCUGAGGACACAGAAUCGUUCCGUUUUGUUGAAAGUACGGCUGGUACAGUCACUCUACAAGUUAUUAUUCUACGUUUAUAA